GGAGACUUUAAAAGAAAGAAUUAUGUACGCGAAAAUAUCGAAAUUUGUAAAUAUUGAAGAAUAUUGUGCCAAUUUUGAAUCCGAUUUGAACAAAGAUGAAAAAGCUAAAAGUUUUUGGAGUAAACAAAUUCUGAUCUUAAUUGAUAAUUUUGUAAAACAAAUAAGGAGUAUUGAGGAAGAAACGGACGACGACAAUAAGGAUAAUAAUAAUCAUGAGACGAAAGAAGAAAAGAUUAUCAAAUUUAAGACUGAAUAUCAAGCGAAAGUAAAUAAAUUAAUGGAAGAUCCGACUAAAUUCCUGAGCAUUCGUCAGCUUUUACAAUUAAAUGAAGAAUUAUUAAAAAAGUAUGAAUUUGGAGAUAUUUGGCGAUAUCACAAACUUGAAGAAAACAGAAAAGCUUUAUCAUUGUUGGAAAAUAGAUUACAAGAAGUAGCGACGAACAAUACUUAUAGUAGAUUCGAGACCCUAUUUUAUGGAUUGUUAUCAGCCAACAUAUUUGAUUCUGGAGCAACGGCUGUUCAAAAAAUAUUAAAAGAGAACAAAAACUUUAAUUUUGGAGAUGCUAUGCUCAAAGUUCAAAAACGACCAUGGCUCGUAGAUAAUUUUGAUAGCUUUAUGGAUGUCUUAUUGCAGGGAAAGAUAAAAUGUAUUACUUUCUUUGCGGAUAACUGUGGAAUUGAUUUAUGUUUAGGAGUACUUCCUUUAAUUGUUGAGUUUCUAAAAUUAGACAUUAAAGUUAUAUUAUGUGCGAACUCUGGGCCAAGUCUUAACGAUAUUACAAUAAAUGAGCUGAUCAAUGUAAUUGAAACGGCUGGAGAAUUCUGUGACCUUAUUAAGAGUAGCUACGAAAAUAGAAACCUAAUCCUUUGUGAGAAUGGACAAUACGGCUGUUGUCUCAACUUUUUGGAGAUUAAUGAGACACUACUUGAUUUGAUGAUAAGCAUGGAAGUUGAUUUAAUUGUGAUUGAAGGAGUUGGACGAAGUAUUCAUUCAAAUUUCAAUGCUAAAUUCAAAUGUCAAAGCCUGAAACUAGCUGUAAUUAAGAACAAUUUCUUAGCUGAAGGCCUAGGCGGUAAAAUUUUUGAUGCAAUAUGUAAAUUUGAAUGUUAUAAAUAAUUAAAAGC